AUGGGUAUCUUGAACAUUGACUUUAGUGAAACUUUUAGUCCAGUUGUUCGUCCCUCUACUAUCCAUUUAGUGAUUUCUUUAGCAAUAUCUCGCGGUUGGGAUCUUAGGCGCAAAUAUGCUCGUGACCUCCUUGCCCGAGCAUCCUUGCUUGGUUGCAAACUUGUCGGCUCCCCUACAUCUGGUUCUCGACCAUCUGCCUCUGAGGGUGAUUUACUUUCUGAUCCUUCGAAAUAUCGUAGUCUUGUGGGUGCUUUGCAGUAUUUAACUAUAACUAGGCCUUAUAUUUCUUUUGUUGUAAAUAUUGUCUCUCAAUUCAUGAGUACUCCUCGUACCAUUCACCUUAUUGCCCUUAAAGGAAUCCUUCGUUUGACUGGCACAAUAUCUCUUGGCCAUCACCUAAAGUCAUCCUCAAACUUCUCUCUCACGACAUACUCAGAUGCUGGUUGGGCUGGAUGUCCUGAUACUCGUAGAUAUACAACAGGCUUUGCUAUUUUCCUUGGACCAAAUCUAUUUUCUUAG